CUUCCCUAGUCUCGGAAGCGGCUGCGUGGCGGCCAGCGGGCUCCGAGCGGCGCUCCUGUGUGCUUCUCACCCGUGCUCCGGAGCCCCGGGCCGUACCGGCGUCUGGAGGGACAUGGCGAGCCCGGGAUGCGGUAACUGCCCGGGAAACGAGGAGGAGAGUUUUCUGUACUUCGCCUACGGCAGCAACCUGCUCACGGAGAGGAUCCACCUCCGAAACCCCUCGGCCGUCUUCUGCAGCGUGGCCCGCCUGCAGGAUUUUAAGCUUGACUUUGGCAAUUCCCAAGGCAAAAUAAGUCAUACUUGGCAUGGAGGAAUAGCUACCAUUUUUCAAAGUCCUGGAGAUGAAGUAUGGGGAGUAGUAUGGAAAAUGAACAAAAGCAAUUUAUGUUCUCUGGAUGAGCAAGAAGGAGUUGUAAGUGGAACAUAUGAUCCAAUAGAAGUUAAUGUUCACACUCAAGAAGGAGAAAAAAUAACCUGUCGAAGUUAUCAGAUGAAAAAUUAUGUGAGUGCUCCCCCAUCACCACAGUAUAAAAAGGUCAUUUGCAUGGGUGCAAAAGAGAAUGGUUUACCACUGGAGUAUCAAAAGAAGUUAAAAGCAAUAGAACCAAAUGACUAUAAAGGAAGGGUCUCAGAAGAAAUUGAAGAUAUUAUCAAAAAGGGAGAAACAAAAUCUAAUUAAAAUAUAGACUAUAUCUUAGGAUAUUCUCUCUGUAUGCUAAUAUAAAAUAUUUUUGACAUUUGAGAACACGGAUCUUCGAUGUUUAAUAUAUUUUCAAUGGUUCUCUGAAGGGAUAUCUCACUUGGGUGGGUCCUUGUUUUCAGACUAUAUACAGAAACUGGGUUAGGAAUUAUAUGAUUAAAAAGGGGGUUGUGAGGCCCUGGAAUGCAUAACAAAUGGAUGUGGGUACUCCUUCUCUGAAUACUUGUAUCUGUUUUCUUGAGUUGAUUUUAAGUGUAUUCCUGCUCUGUGGCAAAGGAUAAAUUCGCAACCUGCUUAAUGAUGACGCUACUGAAUUGCUCUACUUGGACCAGAAUUUUUUUAUCCAGCUUAAUAACAGCAAGCAAACUGUAGAGACAAUUGCUAAUGAAACUUAAAAUGUGAAAGAUGGUAUAGUGUUCUUAAAGGUAUAAAUAUAUUUGUAUUUUAACUCAUUUUCCCCCACUAAAGUACUAUAUAUCAUUGUGUUGUUAGAGUGACUGAAACCAUUGUGCAUACCACAUCUGGUCUUGGCCAUAUACUGUCUAUACUAGGGAAAUAAUACCACAGACUCUGGAGCCAGACAGAAUGAGAUCAGUUGUUCCUUCUACCACUUUCCAGCUAUGAGACUUUGGAUUACCUGACUCUCUGUGCCUCAGUUUCCUCACAUGUAGAGUGAGGAUAUUCAGAAUACUUAUGUUUAGGAUUGUUGUGAGGAGUAAAUGAGUAAAUAUUUCUCUGAGCAUAGAAGAGAACCUGGCACAUGGAUUGGCAAUCAUUAUUGUUCCUAUUGAAAAAUUAGGUUUGUACAGGGCUACCCUUGGAACAGGCUUUUAAAGUAGAAGGUCAAGAUCAUGAAGGGAAAAAUAGUUUUUUGAAGCUAAAACGUCUUGGCUUAUGAAAAAAUUGUAACUUUCAUAAUUUACUGAAUCAAUGGAGAAAAGAAUCAUGAAGCAUUCCUGUUUAUCAAAAAAAUCUCUUAUGUCUCUGUGGAAUGCAGUGAGCUAUACCUUUGAAACAGGUCACUGGAAUGAGAGUGAACUAGCUGCAGUAGGAUAAAAUAAAGGUUUAUUUUUUCUCUAGGAAAAAGUGACAAAAGGAGUUUUCAGGUUAAAACUGCAAUUCUGUAGUGAGGCUGAGGACUUAAGUACAGGUUUUAUAGCUGUCACAUCUCACAAUUUCCAUGUACAUCCUCCAGUAUUCUUGUUUUCUAAUAGUUGUUAUUUAACUCCUCCCGAGUUUGUCGGUGAUCCAGAACUCAGUUAUGGUCAUGAGUGAGCAAAGCCUAGUUUUGCUGUAGAUGUAUUAGCUAUUAUUCUAAUAAUCUGUUUCACUUACUAAAAAUGACAUCUUUCAUUAAGGAAUUCAGAACAGAAGCAAUAAAACCUUCAUAUUUGGUCUUUUAACAAAAAUCUGGUAAUCAUGAGGAAUACUAUAUCUCCAGUUGUUUUCAAGGUAGUACUACCAAAUGUGAUAUGUAAGGUAUUUCCGUUUCUACCAGUGCUUUUGGUCCUCUUGCCAUCAUACGACCAGAUCCUGGGUAAAUUAUAAUAAAGAUAGCUUUUGCAAAGCAUU